AUGGUGGGUCUACGCAAAUGCGUGUUUUGUUUGAGUGUGGCGGUGGCUGCGGCAGCCCCAGCCGUAGCGGCGGACUCCGACAAAGCCUUUCUCGAUAAAAGCGGUUUGGCGAACUCAGCAAAGAUCCCAAUAUCUGCUAUCUCCACGGCAACUCUAAACGCUGGAGAUGACCCGACUAUCGAUUCGCGAUUCUACACGGUCUUUUCAAGCUGGAAGGAUAUGAUGAACGAUGUUGUGUACAAAAAAUAUCAUGCCAACUAUGAAGCACGGAAGCAUGCCCAGAUGACAUCGGAAUCCUCGGAGUCAUACGAAAACACACCGCCUCACCACCACCACCAUCAUCACCAUCACCAUCACCAUCACCAUCAUCCGCAUUCUUCUGAAUCCGACUCUGACAGCAGCUCGGAAGAAGACAACGGCCCUCCUCCUCGUCCCCAUCCCCACCCGCGCCCUCCUCGUCCCUCCUCCUCCUCUUCUUCCUCCGAAGAAGACAGCUUCAGCUUCUCCUCUGAGGACAACCGACCACACCGCCCCCAUCCCCCGAUGAAGCCAUACCCCCCGAUGAAGCCAUAUCCGCCAAUGCCCUACCCUCCCGUGAUGCCCUACCCUCCUGUGAUGCCCUACCCUCCUGUGAUGCCCUACCCUCCUAUGAUGCCAUACCCUCCUUUCUAUCCACCCUUCAGACCCCCGCGUCCCACCCCGAGCCACAGCCACAGCGUUGAGUCGACCGAGAAGUCGGCAUAA